UCCGCCCUCGGCGAACGUUCACGAUAUCAGCUGGACCUUUACUUCUCUUUUGCACGUCGCACAGCACUUCUGAAGAUCUGCAGGUGUCGGGCAGCAGUCCCGUGUCUUCAGCUCCACGCCGGGAGGCUCGACCGAGCACCACGUCAGGGGAACAGCGGCAGUGUGCGUGUGAGUGACAGAGGAAUUCGUCAUCGGGCUCCUCGUGUCGUUGGCCCCUGCUCUCGGCCGUGGACAGCCGACUCCGACAGAGACGCGCAGACCCUCAGUGGGGAUUGGAACGGGCAGACUCUGACUUUGGGGGCAACACGGCAACAAAAAGAGGAAGCCGACACCGAAAGCAGAGGAGACCUCCGGCAGCGACUGAGAUUCACACCAGCCAAAACCCAGCCAGGCCAUGCUCACACUAUGACCACUACAAUGUCUCGGUCUGUGAUGCUGACAGUCCUGAUGCAUAAUAUCCUCCUGGUGUCCCAUGGUGUUUGGUGUUCGGAGCCGGAGGACGGAGCGUCUCUCCAGGCUGGUGCCCUGGUUCUCCCCUGGCAGGACGAGCUGUGCUGUGACUCACGGACAGCUCCCUUUAAUGAGGCGGGCGGCGACACGGACGCACCGGAGACAAACCGCUCUGAAUCAAAGCUCCCACACUCUCCCCGCUGCCGCUUCAGGAGCUUGACAACCGGGACACGUCCUCGUGAGCUCUCUGGCCACAAGAGUUCAUUCAACAAUGGCACCUGUUUGGACAUACUGUGCAGAAUCGACGAAAACUGGGAAAAAUUGACUUGCGAUCUGACGUCUGGCGGCCGAACCUCAACGGCUCUGGACGCUGGUCUCAUGGCGGUCAGCUUACGGCGUGUGUUGUCCCAGAAAGAGGAUUCACUUGUGAACAGCAGGAAUACUUCACCUGAUAAACCGGUCGCCUGUGAAGCGAAGGAUUCCUUUGUUUGCUCCAUCGCUCUUGACACCACGACAAGCUUUAUCGCCGUGGUAACCGUCAGCGUCUCCGACGCCGAAGCUCUGCCGGUUCAGCUCAGAAUUCCUGCCCGACCUGUGAAACCGAGUCCUCCGGUCAACCUCUCUCACAUUCAGACCACGGAGGCAGAACUGAUCCUUCUCUGGGACGGCCCGACAGACUUUGACACCGGCCCGCUGAGAUACGAGGUCCGAUACUCCUUCAACACCACUCGUCCAGCCUGGCAGGUGAUGUCUGCACCUGCAGGGCCCCGACUGCCUCUGGACCUGAAGCCCAGGCUGAACUACACCAUCCAGGUCCGCUGCUCCGGCCCGGGUGAACCUCCGCUGUGGAGCGACUGGAGUGAAAGUCACCACAUCUACCUAGACACCGUGAGCUACAUCCCCGAGAAGGUAGUGGCACGACCGGGGGAAAACGUCACGGUCUAUUGUGUGUUCAACGACCGCGGCAUCAACGCCAGCGCGGCCGUCUGGGUGCUCAACUUCCAGCAGCCGCUUCCCCGCAGCCAGUACCACCCGGUCAACCAACGGGUCAGCCAGAUCACCGUGCGCCCUUCGGAGACCCGGAUGUAUGACCUGCUGCAGUGCAUUCAGGAGUGGACCCUCCCGUACAGCCAGAUCUAUGUGGAGGGAGCUUCCAUUGAUAUAAACUGCGAAGCCAACGGUGAUAUCGAUGCCAUGGACUGCAGCUGGAAGAACACACAGUGGACUAAACCCACUUUUCGGUCCAGGUGGGCUGACCUGCCGUGCGACGUGAUGGAGGAGAGGGACAGAGCGGGCGAGAGCGUGGGGCAGAUGGGGCCCGUCUGCCUGCAGGUCCGGUCCAGGCAGAAAAGCUGCACCAUCCAACCUCUGAGGAUGAACUGCUACAAGCUGUGGCUGGAGGUGCCGUCCCGACUGGGCCCCAUCAGGUCCAAACCCAUCUACCUGUCACCCAUAGAUCAUGUGAAACCCCACACGCCCACUAACGUGAAGGCAGUUAGCCGGAGCAGUGGGGUCCUGGCGGUCACCUGGGAGCCGCCGUCGCUGCCGGUCGACGGGCUCCAGUGUCAGUUUCAGUACCACUCGCCGUCCAUGGUGAGGGCCCAGCCGGAGUGGAAGGUCCAGAGUCCAGUGCGUGUUCCUCGGGCGGAGGUUGUGGUGCCGGACAUGUGCCGAGUGUAUGUGGUGCGGGUACGCUGCAUGCACACAAACGGCACCGGCUACUGGAGCGAGUGGAGCGACUCUGUCUACUCCGCUCCGCAAAACAGCAGAGCUCCCGAGCGUGGCCCUGAUUUCUGGAGAGUUCUUCAAGGUGACCCGGACAGAAACCAGACUAAUGUCACGCUGCUAUUUGAGGAUCUUCCGGUAUCAGGCCACUCCUCCCACUGCGUGGAUGGAUUCAUAGUUCAGCACCAGACCUCGGGUGGCGCCGUGACGAGGGAGUGGAUCGAGCCGGCGUCCUCCUACAGCUUUGAGUGGAACCAGGAGCUCCAAACUGUGACUGUGGAGGCCUACAAUAGUCUGGGCAGCUCCGCGAACAACAUCAACAUGACGCUGGAGAGACAGCCCAAACGACACUGUGUGCGUUCGUUCCGCGUGCUGCUCACCAACAGCACCUGUGUGUCCCUGUCCUGGAGUCUGCUGGACAACAGCUCCGCGCCUCUGUCCAUGGUGGUGCAGUGGUCGCCGCACAGGCAGCCCGAGUCGGGUCGUCCCAGAGCCCAGGGUGGAGAAACGUGGGCCAGGCUGCCCUACGUCGACCAUCCCGUCUACCUGAGAGGUGAUUUCUUCAGCUCGGAGGAUUAUGGCUUCUACUUGCACCCCGUGUUUGCAGAGGGAGAAGGGGAGCCAGUGUUCACUAUAGCCACCAGAGCAGACCCUGCAGCCUACAUGAUGCUGAUGAUCAUCUCCUUCCUCGCAAUCGUCCUGUUUGUCACGCUGCUCCUCUCCCAGAACCAGAUGAAAAGGUUCAUGUGGAAGGAUGUUCCCAACCCCAACAAGUGCUCGUGGGCUAAAGGACUAGACUUCAAAAAGGCCGACACCUUUGACCACCUGUUCGGACCCCCAGAGGGCCUGCCCGCCUGGGCGCUGCUGCUGCCCUCUGAGGACCUCUCCAAAGUUGUCAUCGUGGACAAAGCUGACCUCUGCGCUGCGACCACAGCCCUGGUCCAAACCCCUCUCGUGCCCCCGGCGACUGACCCAGCCGCCGCCUCAGCCAUCUCCCUUCCUCCGGGCUUCGACUCCGAGGUGGACCACAGUGAGCUCACAGAGAGUGAGCUGCUGUUGGGUGGAGCUCCUCCCUUGGCCGUUAACGCGGAUGCCUUAACCGGUUCCUACCCAAGGAUAGACGAGUUCCAGCCGGUCGUUUCACAGGCGGCCCAGCCCCCCGGCAGCGCUGACAACUCGGCCCAGUCUUCGGUCACGUACGCCACCGUGCUGCUCUCUGAUCCAAAGCAGGAGCAGCCCCCCGUCCAUCUCCACUACAAGGGGAGUAGUGGCAGCAGCUCCAGCGACGAGGGCAAUUUCUCUGCCAACAACUCGGACAUUUCAGGAUCUUUCCCCGGCGGCCUGUGGGAGCUGGACAGCUGCCGGGGUGGGGAGACGGACGACCCGCGGCGCUCCUGCUCCUACAACUCGGUGGAGGAGCUUUACGAAACGUCGGAGCAAGAGGACGACGGGGAGGCGAGGGACGAGAAGGACUUGUAUUACCUAGGAAUGGACUAUCCGGCAGAGGAUGAGGCGAGUGAGGACGAGGACGAGGACGAGAGGCGAGAGGAGGCGGCGAAAAUUGACCUGCGUAAAAACGUAGUUUUGACCAGAGACGACUGCUCCGUGGAGUCGCGCCCUCUGCUCUGCCCCGGGGACUCCAGCAGUCGCACAGGGCCGCUGUCGGCGUCGACGCGGGGCUUUACCCCACUGUACCUGCCUCAGUUCAGAACUGCCCCGUGCACGAGGCAACUGCAGGACAGUGAACCCGAGCUGUGACGGCCUACUAUUUAAAUGGAAAUGUGCCCCAUUAAAACCAUUGUGUCGCAAACUGAUUCAGCAUUUGCCAAAGUGGAUCUGCAGCUCCUCCUUCAGACACAGUGAAGUGCGGAGCUGGACACUUAGAAAAAACAACUUGACUGAUGUACGAUUGCUAUUUGAUGUUGGUCAACGCUGCUAUUGUGUUCCGUUGGAAAAAGACAUCUCAAGGGGCACAAGCCUCGAUCACAGGCAUUUCUUUCUUUCUUUUCUUUAUGGGGCUUUUGCUCUGAUUCUACUGUGCCACCCUGCUCCUCUGCUGUUGUGCAGUAGCGGUCAUUGAUGUAGGAGUAUCGCAGAGGAAAAUGAGCUCGCAGAUCUUGUCCAUGGGAGGUUAGGCUGGUGUAAAGUACAGUUAAUCAUUAAAGAGAGCAGCAGACAGCCUGUUCAAGCCUGUUCAUUUGGCAUCAUACAUGAUAUGUAGGUAAUGACAUGUGUGCCUAGGUUCACUCUUCUGCUCUUUGUGUGGAAAAGGUGUUCAUUCUCUGCCGAACUAUUCCGGCUGCAACUUGAGGGCAACGUGAAACGGGUUCAAAGAGAAUGAGUAAAACGCACAGAACGAGAGAGAGAGAGAGAGAGAAAAAGCUCAUAAUCUGCACGGCCUUGUUUUUUUUCAAAGCACAUUUGACUGUGAAGUGACAAAAAAGAAAUAUGAUGAAACGUAAUUAUUUUUUUGGGCCGCUGCAUUCAUUGGCAACAUCUGCACGGACUAACUCACCCACAAAGCCUAAGAAUGUAUUUUUGUACUUUGUGAAGUAACGUAUUUGAGAAUUUGUAACAGUAUUUGAGAAAUGUGAUCUAUUUUUUUUUCCUGUGUUUGACCGUUGACAUUGACACUUUCUUUGUGGUGUAAAGUUAAAGACAAAGUACUAUAUUGUAUAUUUCAAACAACAGUGGGACGUUCGGACGCCGUUGACAAGUUGUUAGUGCACAUGAAGAUCUUUUGUCUAUUUUUGAUGGUGAGAUAAAAUAAAAGUAUUUAUUGUGA